CUCACUCUCACACACACACACACAGUCGCGGCCUCUUUUUGGGGGUGACUUUGUGUCCCUCUGACGCCCUCUCCUCGAAGAGACACACACCGGAGAGGCGGUGGUGGGGGGGAGAGAGCGGGUUGUGUGUGUGCGUACGUGUUAAUGUGCGUCCACGAUGAACACUGCACAGAGCUGCUCCUCGUUCCUGGGUGAUGAGCUAGAUCUCAGCCUCACGGGGUCUCAGCUACUGGUGUCUAAGCGUCCCAGCAGUGCCUCGCCCGCCAAGAUCCUCUCCCGUUCCACAUCCGUGGCUUUGGAGAAGAAACCCAAGAGGAACGUUCUGGGCGAGACUAGUCUCGGUAACCUCUCUGCCAGUACUUCCCGUGCAAUCAACAACCUGAGACGUUCCAACAGCACCACACAAGUCAGCCAGCGAGGCAACGGCGUGGGAAGUGAGGAGAGGACGGAGGACUUCUUGGCUUUAUUCGACAGCUCCGCCAGCGGAAGGAAGAAGCUGUGCAGCCUGAGCAAGGUUACUCCGGAGAGGAAAACCACGUGGAACAUUCUGGAUGAGGAGCCUCGGGUUUUCGUACCUCCUACCACAGCCCGCAGUGCCAGCACGACAGACACACCAGUCUUCACCAAGAAGAGGGAGAGCAGUGUGUCAUUGGCAGCCAACUUUACAGCCAACAACCGAAGUAACAAGGGGGCCGUUGGGAACUCGGUCACCACAAUGCUGCACAACAACUACUCCACCAGCGAGAAGCCGUUGGCACCCAAAAGCUCCAACCAGAAGGCUACAUCCCUCAAUAACAUGAUUAAGGUGACGAGCAACGACGAGAACAGCCUGGACCAAAGCUCCUUGAAGAAAUCUCAGAAAAACCUCUCCAGCAAUAACGUGGUGACCAGGAACAAUACUGGUGGUAUGCUGAGAAGGAAGGAGGUGACUGAGGAGGAAGCUGAAAGAGUCCAGUACUCAAACCUUAAUGAUAGAAGGGAUUUUACUCAACUGAUGCAGAACGCUAAUCCAGAUAUCUCCCACCCCGAUAUUGGAUUUAUAGAACAGGUGAACCUCGCCGCAGUAACUAUUCAGCGCUGGUACAGACGCCACAUCCACAGACGUAGAGCGAGCGAAGCCGCCCUGAGACGAAUGCUGUCUGUGAAGAAACAGGAGAGGGAACGAGAGAUGUUAGAUGAAGGAGCUGCAGCCGAGCAUCAGAGGAAAAAANGCGAGGAGAGGAAGAAAAUCCGAGAAGAGAAAGCCCGCCAGGCCAGGAAGGCUGCUAUCCAGGAACUCCAGCAGAAACGGGCUGAGAAGGCAGCCGCGGUGAAGAGAAUCAGCGAGGAGGAGCUGGCUCUGCUGAGGGAGAAAGGGAAGAUUGGGAAGAGAAAGCCUGUCCGCUCUGCGUCCGCGAACAAUACCGUUCCAGCCAAAAGCCAAGUCAACUCAAAGAAUGCAGCUACAGAUCCAGAGGCUCACACUAACCACAGAGCUGCAAGUCCACCUGGGCCAUGUGUCAGGGCUGACGAGGAACUCCAGAGAGCCUCCGAGGCCCUGUCAUUAGCCGAGGAACAGGAGGUGGCAGCGUCAGGCCUGAACCAGUCCAGGCCCACCCUGAGCGAUGUGCUGGACACCCUCAAACUGCUGGAGGAAGAGCCUGAACUGCUUCCCGAGCCGAAGGUCAGCUACAAGGAUAAAUAUGCCUGGAUCGAUGAGGACACAGACUCCACGUCCUUGACCGCCGAUAACCUGGAGCGUUUGGGAAAGAUCGAGCUGGUCCCGGGGCUGCCGGAGGCUGGCACUCUGCUGUCGGAGGCCAAGCUCCAGAGCAUCAUGAGCUUCCUGGACGAGAUGGAGAGAUCGGAGCAGGAGCGGCCUCACUCUGCUGCCUCGGCAGCGCCCCGAGAGGCGCUGCUGUCCGAAGAGGAGCUGGCUCACCUGGAGCAAGCUUCGGCCGUGGCAACUGAGGUGACCAGCUCAAUGAUGAGACUAAAACUGGAGCUAGAAGAAAAGAAGCGAGCCAUGAGCAUGUUACAGACAGCUUUGAACCAGCAGAGGGAAUUGACGGUGAGGCACGUCAAAGAGACGGAGAAGGAAAUGAAAUACCAGCUCAGGCUGCAGAAGGAACAGUAUGAAGCCACAAUCCAACGCCACCUUGCUUUCAUCGACCAGCUGAUCGAUGACAAGAAAGGCCUGAGUGAGAAGUGCGAGUCGAUGGUGAAUGAACUGAAGAUUGUGGAUCAGAAAUACAUGGCCAAGAUCCAGCAGAUUCAGGAACAGCAUGGACUGGUUUGGCACAUUCUAACGCCACUCUGUGAGGAAAUCAAGAAGUUAAAAGAAGUGAUGAGCGCCACGGAGAAAGUACGCAGAGAGAAAUGGAUAGACGAGAAAACAAAGAAAAUCAAGGAGAUAACUGUGAAAGGCCUGGAGCCAGAGAUCCAGAAGCUGAUUGCAAAACAGAAGCAGGAGAUCAAGAAGCUGAGAGCGCUGCACGAGGCUGAGCUCCUGCAGUCCGACGAGAGAGCGGCUCAGCGUUACGUGCGACAGACGGAAGAGUUGAGAGAACAGUUGGAGCGAGAGAAGGAGGAACUGUGUCAGAGGGAGCGGGAGUUGGCCAGGCAGAGGUACGAGAAGCAGCUGGAACAGGAGGAGCAUUCGCUGCAGAAGCAGCGGAGGAGGCUGUAUGCUGAGGUGGCGGAAGAGAAGGAACGUCUCAAUCAGAACGCAGUUCGCCAAAGGGCAGAACUGGAGGAACUUCGACGGCAGCUGGAGAGUAACUGCUCACUGGCAACCAAAGCCCUGAGAGAGGAGUUUGACAAGACUAAAGAAGAGCAAGAGAGAAGGCAUCAGGUGGAAAGCCGAUCCCUGAAGGAGCGGCUUGACAUUGAGAAGCAAGCCUGGGAGGAGAAUUUCAUGAAGAAACAGGAGGCUUGGCUGCUCACUCGGGAACGGGAAUUAAAAGAGGAGCUUCGCAGGGGUCGGGACAGAGAGAUCGAGCUGGUCAUCCAGCGGCUGGAGGAAGAGACCAGCACCUCCAAGGAUGAAUGUGAGAGGGUCGCGGAGAACAGGAUUAAACGGGUCCGUGAGAAGUACGAAUCGGAAUUCCGGGAUCUGGAACGCUCGGAGCGGGCCCUGCAGGAACGCUACAACGAGCUCCGGGCACGGCUGAUGGAGAGCGAGGGGGAGAACGCGCGCUUCCAGGGAUUGUUCCGACAGAAGGAGCAGGAGGUGGAAGAUAUCAGAAAGAUCAAAGACCGUCUGACGGAAGAGAGGAACAGUCUAGCCGAGGUGAUUCGUCAGGAGUUUGCCGACCGGUUGGUGAUGACCGAAGAAGAGAACAAGCGGCUGAAGACGGAGAUGUCUGAGGGGAGGGCGCGGCAUCGACUGGAGGUGGAACGUGUCACGAGAGAGAAGGAAGAGGAGCUGGAGGAGGUCCACAAGAGGGUCAAAGCUGCUAUUGUAAAGAAGGAGGAAGCUGUGAGCAACCUUCGCAAACAACACGAAGCAGCGCUGAAAAGAGCAGACCACCUUGAAGCACUGCUUGAACAACAGAGGGAACAAAUUCUGGGCAAGUGAGAGCAACCAUGGCCCAGGUGCUGUGCCGGACAAGUUGCUACUUGCAGUGUUCACGGACGUGAUUCCAUUCGGCAUGUGUAUGAACACUAAUAGAAUAACAUUAAAUUAAUGUUUCAUUCUGCUCUGUAACUCACUAUGGUUCGACCUGUUCAAAUCCAAUACUGUAUGUUUGUUUACCUACCGAGCAAACUUAAAUAAUGCUUUUAUUUUUCUACAUUUAAGUGCUGUAAUUUUCCUCAACUUGUGUUUUUUUUGUAUCUUAUGUUUUUUUUGUAAUGUUGUAGUGUGAUGGAAUUUGUAAAAGACUUUCAACUGG